CAAAAAUAAAUAAGUAGUUGUUUCAGUAUGAAAACUGUCCUUUUCCGAACCGGUUCCGGCUCAAUUCCGGCGGUUGUUCCCGGUUCUCCGAGAUUAGUCUCUGUUCCCACUCGUGAAUCCAUCGGUAAAGUGUUUAACGGAGAGAAGAAGAAGAAAGGAUGUUCUUCUCCUAUGAUCUCUCUGAAUUCGGAAGUCAAUCGUCGCGGUAUACGCCGGGUUUCAUCUGAAUCCGACGUGAUUCGGUCGGGUUUUGAAGGUUCGAGUGUUACUAGAAAGUUGAGUAAGAUUGGAUCGAGGACAUUAUCGUCAAUAAUACCGGAGGAGGAUUGCGGUUCUGAACAGAAUGAGUUGGAGGUUUUGCAAAGUAUUGGAUCACUGAGUUUGACGGAAGAUCGACGGAGUUACGACGGAGACUGGCAUAGGAACAGUAUUCCUGUCGAUGAGCUUGGAUUUCCCGGCGGUGGAAUCGGCUCCAACAAAAACAGAAAGUUUGGCGGCAAUGGUGAUGAGUUCGAUGCAGAUAGUUUAACCGGCGGAAACUCAGAUCCAAGGAAAAUCGGAGAAUAUUAUAAGGAAAUGCUGAAUUCAGAUCCUAUGAAUUCUCUUCUACUUAGAAACUACGGCAAGUAUUUGCAUGAGGUGGAGAGAGAUUUUGUGAAGGCUGAAGAAUGCUACGGAAGAGCUAUACUUGCAAGUCCCGGGGACGGAGAAGUGCUUUCUCUGUAUGGCAAAUUAGUUUGGGAGACGCAGCGAGACGAAAACAGAGCCAAAUCUUACUUUGAUCAAGCUGUUCACGCUUCUCCUAAUGACUGCACUGUGUUGGGAUCGUAUGCACACUUCAUGUGGGAAGCAGAAGCAGAAGAAGGCGAAGACGAAGAAACAAUAGCAGCCGGAGCAUCAACGGUUGCAGCUUACUAGCUUUGCAGAAAACAGAUGGAACAAAUAUGUACUACACAGAAGCUAGCUAGUAUUAUAGAUGAGAGAGAGCUAAUUAACUUAUGUUAAUGUACUUGUAAAAUGUGUAAAAAGAAGUUAAUAAAAGAGGAAGUAUGUAUAACUUAAAUUAACUAAAUCGAUAUUUUAGUUGAUAAAUGAAGAGAGAAGUCUGUAGAAGAGUGUGAAAAGAGAAGAAAUUAAACUGGAGGUAAUUAUGAGUGUGUCUACAGUUUGAAGUUUUGUUGUACAUGUAUUAUUAGUGCUAUUGUAACUCUGAUUU